CAUGUGCAAAACGUUGGUAUGCAUUUUUUCAUUGGAGGUCAGCAAGACAUUAGAGAUGGCAAGUGAUAUGUUACAGUCGCUCGUAUCUCAGCAAAAUAAUAUACAUGUAGUCUUGUAGUACACUUAUGAUACAUGUAUCAAAUUUGGCGCGUAAAAACAGCGUGCAGGUAGCUAGCCACCAAUAGCAGCAGGCGGAACGCCGCCAGGAACUUCUAUUGGCCAACGCCCCAGCCCCGCCCACUUGUUCCCAGCGGGUUUACUCGCCUUUUGUCAUGCAAAUGUCCGACCGUACGCAUUUGUUUGGGCGCACCGUGGCAACCCGACCCCGCGGUCGGCAAGGCGACUCGGGCCGCCAGGAGGGCAACUCGAUAUCGGCGGGGGCAGCCUGGCUACACGCGAGCAGUCGGAAGCGGGCGCCCGGUACAACCCCGCGAAAAACGAACAUGGAGACCACGUCAACAGACGCCAAGAAGUACCUCUCCAAGAAGGAGAUCCCGCAGUUGUUUGAGUCGAUCCUGACAGGGUUGAUGUACAACAGACCGGAGGAUCACAUCAGUUACAUUGAGGACUGUCUACAACAGGCCAAACAGUCGGAUAUACAGAACCUGAGAUGGGACAGUUUUGUACGGGACAAGGCUCUGCCACCAAUCCCUACGUACGAUGGCACACGGUCAACAACAUUCCCCACAGAGCCAAAUAUGCAAGAGAUGCACAAAAACCAGGUGUUGCCACCCAUAGCCACAGCGCCACCCCCACAACGACCAGCUAAUAUCAUCAUUGUGUUAGGUGGCCCGGGUAGUGGAAAGGGCACCCAGUGUAAGCAGAUCCAGGCGAGGUAUGGCUACCCCCACCUGUCCAUGGGAGAGAUCCUCAGGGCCAAGAUCAUGGAGAAUGGACAGCCACAACAGAAAUGGGGAAUCAUCACUGACACAAUACAGAAGGGGGAACUGGCACCAACGGCAGACUCUGAGGAGCUAGAGGACUUCCUACUGAAAGUUGAUAUUGAAUAUUCCAUGGAGUUGCUAAAGGAGAAGCUGUUUGAGCACAGAGACAAGCCUGGGGUAGUGAUCGAGGGUUUCCCCAGGACAGUGGACCACAUGCACAUGUUUCACUCCAUCUACGGUCCAGCAUCGUUAGUGAUUUAUCUGGACUGUGACGAGACUCGUCUGGAGACCCGGCUGCUGAAGCGUGCGGAGGAGAGGAAACGUCUGGACGACAACGUCGGCGCCGUGAUGAGAAGACUCAACUUCUUCAAGGAAAACAAGCCUCACAUUCUUAUGUACUAUGGGGCCAUCGGUGUGCUAAGAAAGGUUGAAGCAGACAGAGACUCAGAUGCAGUUUUCUAUGACGUGGCUGUCACCAUCGACAGGGAACUCUUCAGGCCACGAACCCAAACCUGUCACCACCCCUCCUGUUGUAAAGCAGCAAGAGCCUCUCCCAGCUAUCUCAGCAGACAUGGCAGCAACCUUGUCACAAAUGCUUGACGAACAGCUGACACCACCAGAGGUGAUAGAAGAACCUCUGGUGGAAAAAGUAAAUGUGGAAGAAGUCGGUCCUGGUUCCAUCCCACCUGCCAGUCUAGUGUACGGUUAUGACCCAGAUAAACUGAAGGGCAAGAAGGUAAUCUUUGUGGUUGGCGGCCCCGGCUGUGGGAAAGGUACGCAGUGUGAGCGGAUCGUGGCCAAGUACGGCUACACCCACCUGUCCUCGGGUGACCUCCUGAGGGAUGAGGUCAAGUCUGGGUCGGAGCGGGGCAAGAAACUGACGGAGAUUAUGGAGCAGGGGAAGCUGGUACCUAUGGAAACAGUGCUGGAGUUGUUGAGGGAUGCCAUGAUUGCCAAGGCUGACACUUCCAAUGGUCACAAAUGCAGACCCUAAUUAAAAAAGAUCAAGGAAUGUGACUGUGUCCUGUACUUUGAGUGUUCGGCUGAGACUAUGACGGAACGUCUCCUCGGGCGUGCCAAGACCAGCGGCAGGGUGGACGAUAAUGAGGAAACCAUCAAGAAGCGACUGGACACCUUCUACUCAGCCACAGAACCUGUGGUCAGCCACUAUGAAGAAAAGGGGAAACUGAGAAAGAUCAAUGCAGAACGUGAGGUGGAGGCCAUCUUUGCUGAUGUCUGUGCUGCUCUAGAUGGAAAAGAAGGAAGCAAAGCAGAUGGGGGCAAAGAAGACACUCUACAAGGCAAGAAGGUAAUCUUCGUCGUUGGUGGCCCCGGCUGUGGGAAAGGUACGCAGUGUGAGCGGAUCGUGGCCAAGUACGGCUACACCCACCUGUCCUCGGGUGACCUCCUGAGGGACGAGGUCAAGUCUGGGUCAGAGAGGGGCAAGAAACUGACAGAGAUCAUGGAGAAAGGAGAGCUAGUGCCCAUGUCUGUAGUGCUGGACCUGCUAAGGGAAGCCAUGUUGAAGAGGGCAGGGGAGUCGCAGGGCUUCCUGAUUGACGGCUACCCCAGGGAGGUGCAGCAGGGGGUGGAGUUUGAGGAGAAGAUUGCAGCUUGUGACUGUGUCCUGUACUUUGAAUGCUCGGAUGAAACGAUGACGGAACGUCUUCUCGGCCGCGCCAAGACCAGCGGGAGGGUUGAUGACCAUGAAGAGACCAUAAAGAAGCGACUCACAACCUUCCAUAAUGCGACGGAACCAGUUGUACAAUACUAUGAGGACAAGAAGAAGCUUUCAAAGAUAAGUGCAGAGAGACCACCAGAUGAAGUCUUUACUGAUGUCUGCAAAGUUCUAGGUGGUGAAGAUGGACCCAAGUUCAAGGGUUCAAAGGUCAUACUGGUGUGUGGGGGCCCGGGUAGUGGGAAGGGAACCCAGUGUCAGCGGGUUGCAGUUAAGUACGGGCUGACACACCUGGCAAUGCACGAUCUGAUCCAAGCUGAGGUCCAGUCAGGAUCAGAGAGAGGCAACCAUCUGGCCGAGGCCAUCAAGAAAGGAGAACUACAAGCCAUGUAUGCUACUGCAGUUCACGAGCUGCUGAGUGAAGCUAUGGCAAAGCUUGAUGACAAGACGCAGGGUUUCAUCAUCGACGGUUACCUCGGCAGUGCAGAGGAGGUGGCAGACUUUGAAAACAAGGUUGCAGAAUUAAACUGUGCGCUGUGCUUUGAGUGUUCUGACGAUGUCAUGGUUCAGAGGUCAAUCAAGAGAGGGCAGGGCAGCGGUAGCCCAGAAGACGAGGAAGAGGCCAUCAAACGACGGGUGGAGAAGUUCCACAGCAUGGAGGAGCCGGUUCUACAGGCACUGGAAGGGAGGGGCAAGGCACGGAAGAUUGCAGCAGGUAGUAGUGAGGAUGAGGUGUUUGCCGAGGUGUGCACAGUUCUACAGGGGGAGGGGAUAGAACCUGUCAGCUCACUACAGGGGGCCGCUGACGCAGGUGCUGCCCAAGAAGGGGCAGUGGAGGACAAGAAAACACCAGUCUUCACAUUCAUCAAUGGUGGACCAGGAACAGGGAAGAAGGCCAUUGCAGAGACCCUCGCCUUUGAGACUGGGAGAGGCUGCAUUUCUGUGGGGGAAGUUCUUAGAGCAGAGAUGGAAUCUGAGCCGGAGGUGGCAGAGGCUAUCAAUGCUGGUAUCUCUGUGACAUGGAAGACAGUGAUAAACCUGGUGAAAAAGCACAUCCAGUCCAGGGAGGACUGUUCUGCAGGAUGUGUGGUGGGUGGGUUACCCAGGACAGAGGAACAGUACGAUGGCUUCAUUCGAGAGGUUGGUCCCGUGGAUGCUGUAGUUUUCCUGACCGCCCCAGAGGAGGUCCUACAGCAGAACCUGUCAGGGAAACCUGAGGAGAUGCGCCGCCCUGAUGAUACCGAGGACGUGCUGAAGGUUCGCCUGAAGACUUACGGAGAGGAGUCAGCCAAGGUGCUGGGUUACCUGAAGGAACACGGCCAGGCUUCAGAGGUAUCGUGGGAGGCAACCAUGGAAGUUGUUCUACAGAAUGUUCGAGAAGUGUACAACAGUAAGACUGGGAGAACACAAGACUCUUAAAGCUUUGACACAUGAGUACACCACACAGCACCAUUCAAAUGAUGUCUCAGGCAUCCUUAGCUGUACUUAAUGUCUGUUCUAUAUCUGUAACAACCCUGAUUACAUUUGACUGAACAAAUAUACACAGUAACAAGAUAUUUGAAAUUAACAUUUGAAAAGAAGCAAGUCAAGAAAACUGUCCCUACCUCUUUCAUUUAUUUCCCUGUACUGAAAACCGUCUUCAUCCCUCAGCUCAUAAAAAAAGUCCUCAUAAACUUUUACAUGGUAUUCUUAUACAUGAGUUUGUUUUAGAACUCAUAUUCCGCAUGCAAUUAGAAAUACUGUAACCGCAAGUGUGUCUUCCAGAUUAAUCAAGAAUUCAGCAAUGCAGAAAAAGAGCUUGUUACUUUGCUUGUAUUUUAGGGAAUAGCAUCAGAGUGGUGAGGCUUUUAUUUCUUAUACACAUGUAGGACCAAUAAAAAUUGCUCUGUCAUACAGUACUGACUGAAAUGUAAAAUGUUAUGAAUGUUAAGGCCUAGUUUUGAUCAUGUUUGGAUUUGGAGGUAAAUUAGAGUUCUUAAAAAAGUUAAUUUUUUUAAAGAUGUCAACUGAUAAGCUUCCAAAUUAGACUGAGUCAAAAUUCUGUAACAUGAACUAAUUUACCAAAAUGUAUGAAACUGGUUAUUGAUACAGUAUAUGAUUAUUUUUUCUAAAGAAUCAAUGAAAUUCUGUGCCAUGUGAGAUUAUGAAAUGGCAAAUGGUUUUGUGCAAUCAUUUUGAGUUUUUUUUUUUUAUAUCAGGAAAAAUAACUAUUGAAGAUUAGUUUUGUACAGAGAUACCAUGCAGUUAGGCUGAUUACGUCACGCUUAUAGUAGCAGAGAAUUCAGCAAGACAUAACAGUAACUCAUUUGUGACUCUAUGGUACCUCUACAAUCAAAACUCAUUAUCACAUUGUGGUUGCAGUUUUGCAUAUGUGUUCAAAUAGUCAAUGGGGCAUCAAAUGCCAUGGAUGAUACUGUAAAUAGGGAAAUAUUCACUGGGAUAUAACUUCACAGUAGGGAAAAAAACAAUGUUUUUAAAUUUGCAGUUGCAGAAAAGUGGGUAGAUGGACUAAAGACAGAACAAACAUUUCCACAGUGACCUAAUGUGCACAAUGAAGAGGUCACUGUGAAAAAUAUGGGCAUAAAAUCAUUCGGACAUUUCCCUUUUUUACAGUACUUGCACCCAAGGAACACCUUGUUGUUUAUGAGCAGUUUGUCACAUGAUCAUGCAGAGGGCCUUCCAUUCAGUUAUUGUAGUCAAUUGAUUGUGUCAUAACUUAACAAAUAGUGCAACAUACAUUUAAAGAAAUAUUUCUUGCACCAACAUUGAAUUCAUCUUGUUGAUCUUUCAUCCUACAUAUGUCAAGAUUUAUACUAUGCAAAGUUUUAGUACACUGUACAUAUAUGGCUGUAUAUAUAUAAGGUGUGUGAAUUCAGAGUUUUUGUCUUCUGUUAGAAUCAAAACUAUUAUACCAGAGAUAUUAGAAAUAAUUCAUGGAAUUCUGGAUGUGGAUUUUUUUUUAGAUAGGGGUAGUAGUAAUAAUAUGCCAUGCAAUGGAUUGUAGUGUUUUGAAGUGACUUCGCAUUAAAUUUAAAGCUGGGGUAUUUUGA